AUGGAGGCCCAAGAGCUCAAGCACUACCUGGCCGAUGCCCCGCCAAGCGUCGUCCGGCUCGAGAUCGAGAAGCACUUUGAUGCCCUCUCGGACAAGCAGAAGCGCUAUGCCCACCACAUCAGCAGGGCCGCCUUCGAGGGCACCAGGAUCGUGCUGAGGCAGAUCUCCCCAGAGGCCGAAGCCAUCUAUGACUUCAUCCUCGCCCUGCACAAGAGCUGUGCCGGGGACUGGAAGGCCCUCCAGGGCAAGGCUGGUAUCUCGGAUGAGGAGCUCAGCCACUUCCUCCAGUAUGCCGCACAAUUCCUGGGCAACAGUGGCAACUACAAGAGCUUUGGCGACUCAAAGUUUGUGCCACGGUCCUCGGAGGCUUCCUUUGCGGCCAUUGCGGCCACAUCUCCAGACGCCGAGGGCUUUUACAAGGCCACCAACGGCGGCAUCUUCUCGGCCGAGAAGCCGGGCCUGAUGCACCUCGGCUUCAUGGACGCCGGCCACAUGACGACAUACUAUCCCAACUGCACCGACAUCACCAAAGCCGAGAUUGAGGCCGUAUCUGCUUUCAUGGAGAAGAAGGGUCUUCUCCCCGAGAACACUCGCCUGAGAAAGGCCAAGGACGGUUCUUUCGAGAUCCUCAUCGCCUCUGCCAUUACCUCUGUGCCCGAGCAGGGCGGUGACAUCGGCAAGGAGACCAGUUUCACGGUCGAGGAUGGCCCUCUUACUGGCAAAACCAUCAAGCUUGUCUAUGGCGACUAUGCCAAGGAGAUGGCCGCAAUCGCCGCAAGCGCCAAGAAGGCGGCCGAGAGCGGAGACAACGAGACGCAGACAAACAUGUACAUUGCGUAUGCCAAGUCGUUCGAGACUGGCUCCUUGUCCGCCUUCCUGGACAGCCAGCGCUACUGGAUCAAGGACAAAGGGCCCAUGGUCGAGUCCAACAUUGGUUUCAUCGAAACCUACAGAGAUCCUGCUGGUGUUCGGGGCGAGUGGGAGGGUUUUGCUUCGAUGGUCAACCUCGAGAGGACACGUGCCUUUGGAGCGCUUGUCGACGCUGCGCCAGAGAUGAUCCCACUCCUUCCGUGGGGUGCCGAGUUCGAGAAGGACAAGUUCCUGUCGCCUGACUUUACAUCCUUGGAAGUCCUCACCUUUGCCGGUUCCGGUAUCCCAGCCGGCAUCAACAUCCCCAACUACGACGUCAUUCGUCAAAACGAGGGCUUCAAGAAUGUUUCUCUCGGUAAUGUCCUGAGCGCCAAGGCUCCCAACGAGAAGAUCCCCUUCAUCGCCGAAAAGGACUUGCCCAUCUACCACAAGUAUCGUGAUGCCGCUUUCGAGGUCCAGGUCGGUCUGCACGAACUGACUGGUCACGGUUGUGGCAAGCUGCUCCAGGAGACAUCGCCGGGUGUCUACAACUUUGACAAGGAGAACCCGCCGGUCUCGCCCCUCACUAACAAGCCCAUCACAACAUGGUACAAGCCAGGCCAGACGUGGGGCUCUGUCUUUGGCAGCGUGGCUGCUUCGUACGAGGAGUGCCGCGCCGAGCUUGUGGCCAUGUACUUGAGCUGUGAGUUUCCGGCGCUCAAGAUCUUCGGCUUCGGCAACGGCGAGGUAAAUAUGGACGGCGAGGCCGGCGAUGUCCUGUACGCCUCUUACCUUUCCAUGGCACGUGCUGGUCUGGCUUCUCUCGAGAUGUGGGAUCCCAAGAGCCGCAAGUGGGGACAAGCACACUCGCAAGCCCGUUUCUCCAUCCUGCAGUGCUUCCUGCAGGCUGGUGACGACUUUUGCAAGCUCGACUACCAGGGCGACGAUGUGUCCGGCUUGACCAUCAAGCUGGACCGCUCUAAGAUCUUGACUGCUGGCCGCAAAGCCGUUGGCGAGUACCUGCAGAAGAUCCACAUCUACAAGAGCACCGCCGAUGUCGAGACUGGCACCAAGUUCUACAACGACAUGACCAACGUGGAUCCGGAGUUCUGGGGAAAGAAGGUCCGCGACGAGGUCCUGCGCAACAAGCAGCCCCGUAAGGUUUUCGUGCAGGCCAACACAUUCCUCGACGAGGCGACCGGCAAGGUCACGCUCAAGCACUACGAGGCGACGCCCGAGGGCAUGAUUCAGAGUUUUGCCGAGCGCAAUGUUUAG